ACAAAAAAAAUAACAAAAAUGACAACAUAAGAUUUUAGAAUUAAAACAAAUAUUAACAAACCAAUUGUGCCAAUACAUAUUCAAAAAGUUAGUAAUCAUAUUAAAAGAUUAAAAUAAUACGAUACUUAACAUUGAAACGCAGCUAGACAGUGAGUAUUUUCGAAAACGUCAAAACUCAAACGAAAUUCCAGCACAAAGUACACGUACAAAGAAUAAUUUCGUACCACCCAACUACAGCAAAGUGGUAGCAAGAGCAAAAACAGAUUCCCAUUUACAGACGUUAUCGUUCUGCAUGAAUUGAUGCGCAGACAUUCCAACUGACAGUUUUCAGAGGACCUUCGCCGAAGUUGGAAGCAAUAAUUGAACAGUCUCUAAAGUCAGCUAUUUUCUUAAAAAAAAGCUCCAUAUUGAGCCAGAAGUCAGCAUUGUAAAGCAUUGGCCAAAAGCAUAGCUAACAUUACAGUUCAGCAAUCCUAUAUACUAUAGUGCGCGUAUCUCCAACGUACUUGCAUGUAAUAUCGAUUAAAGUGUGCAAUUUUAUAAUAAUGAGUCUUCAUUGACACAUAUUAAGUAAUAAUCGCGAGUUUUCAAGUGUAACAUAUAUAUAAUAUUUUACAUACAUAUUUCAUUACAGAAAAUCCAAAAUAUUCGCAUAUCCAAAAAUUCAAAAUUUAUUGAUUUAAAAUUGGUCAUUGACAAAAAUCACACGGUCAAAUAAAUGCUAAUUUUACCCUGCUCCCGUUCUCUGUAAAAAAAAAUAAGCAAAAAUAUUGAAACUAAGUGUUUUAAUAAAAUUAAAUACAAAAUAUCUUAACAUUGAAAAGUUCAUAUUGGCCAAAAAAAGUAAAAAAAAAAUUUAAAAAAGCAAAAAAUAAUCUGCAAAGUAGUCAACAGCCGUAGCAAUCGUAUAACUCAGUGUUCGUGUUUAAAGAACUCGUGAAAACGUGAGAGAUUCGUGGGAACUUUUUCUCCACGCGAACAAACAACCCCUGUUUUCUUAUUCGGGGCAUAUCUAUUGUACAUUCCACAAAAACGUUGUGACGCGCAUUUAAAACUCGCCACCCACUAACAAACCAACAAGCACAGCGGCACUUAAGUCUUGUCUUGCAGUGUGCUCGUUAUUCUGCUCUUCCACGCACUAGUUACUACCUUAAGACCAUAAUCGGUACGACGUCUACAAGUCUACUCUUGCAUUACAUACAUAUACAGUUACUUGGAGUCGAAAAACACUCCCACCAAUACACACGUAUCAAUUGAUAUAGAAAAGCGCCAGCAAGUGCAUUGUUGGCAAAUAUAUUUUGCGUGAAGAAGAAUUUGUAAAAGCAAGAAACCAGUUAGUGGUCGAAAAUGUUCUCUGGCCUAACAAAUCAAUUCACUUCAUUGGUGGGCGCCGUCAAGGGCGGUCAAGCCGACGAAGAUGUGCCUGCACCUACCCAAGAUGCUGUUGCCGCUCCGGAAGUAUCCGCUGCUACAGCAGCACCAACACCAGCUGCAGGCGCCGAACAAGCAGCGAAUGCGGCUGGCGUCAGUGGGGAGCAGCCUGUUGAAGGUGAAGAGGGCGCUAAAAGUGGUUGGUUGGGAAGUGCCAAAGGCUGGUUAGGCAGUGCCAGCGCUUCAAUUCCAUCAAUGCCGGCAAUGCCUACCAUGUCUAUGCCAUCAAUGCCAGCUAUGCCAGCCAUGCCGUCGAUGCCCUCAAUUCCGGGGCUGCGCAAAGGUGGCGCCGAAGCUGGUGAGGGUGUCGCCGCAGAUGGCGCUGUCGCCGAGAGCGGAGAUCCCACAGGUGCCGUGAGUGGUGAAGAUGAUGACAAAUCGAGGUACAUUAGCGCUACAGAGGGUGCUGAUUCACACCCCGCUUCCGGCGGUGGCACCCCCACCGGUGAUGAGGGUCAAAUCGGACAGGGUAAGGGCGAAGAAGCGAACAUUACCACCAAAGUAACACAGCAGGCAAAACACUUCGGCUCAUUUUUGUCAUCGGCCAUAAAUAAGGCGGGCGCCAAAAUCAAGGAGACUGUCAAGGAGAAUCCCAUCCUCGAGUCCUUCAACAAAGAACAGGAAGCCUUUAUUAAAAGUCAAGGUGGCGCCGAUUCCGGUGUCGCACCAUGGAUUGGACACACCAACGAGGCUAAGAUCAAGGAGGAAAUUCUCGGCCUCUCACAGGAUCGUCGCAAUUUCGUGCGCGCACCACCAGCCGGUGUUGAUUUUGACUUCAACUACGAUACAGCGUAUCCCACAGCUAUUGCCAUAAUGGCCGAGGAUAAAGCGCUGGAAACAAUGCGAUUCGAACUGGUGCCCAAAAUCAUCACCGAGGAGAAUUUCUGGCGGAAUUACUUCUAUCGCGUUUCACUAAUUAUUCAGGCAGCUGAAUUGGGUACACUUGGCGCUGAUGGCGUUGGUCAGGCCUCAAGCGGUGAAGACGUUAAAAAUACACAAACAGACAAGUCGCCAGCAAAAGCGGCUGCUCCUGCUGCCGGUGCAGAGCAAACAAGCGCAAGUGAUAAGGAUGCCAACACAUCGACACCGAUUUCGCCUAUAUUUCAGCAACCCAUUGGUGUGGGCUUAGAUAAGCCUGUAAGCCAAAAGUCACGGCACAGUGAAUCGGAGUUCGUUUCCGAUUCAUUUCACACAAAUACUGAAACUGAUUUGGAAGAAAUCAAGGAUGGCAUGCGCAAAUUGGGUAUUGAUAGUAUGACAGAGCAAGCGCUCGGCAGUGAUGAAGAACAAUGGGAAAAAGAUCUGGAGGCUGAGUUAAAGGACUACGAAGUGGUAAGCGACACAACAGGCGGCACGACAACAGCUCACAGUCGUGACCGCGGUGGCGGCAGCGCCGACGCCGGCAAUACUGUUGAUCGCAAUGGCGAUGACGACGAAAUACCGACAAUAUCUAAUCUGCGCACACGUUCAACAAACAACGAUUGGGAGGAGUAUGCCGAUCUGAUCGAAGAUACCGAUGAUUUAAAGUAAUUAAGAGCCUAUAUCGUAGCUUCUUCUAACUAAGUUCAUACAUACCAACAUAUAACCGUUCAAUAUAAUUAAUUGUCCUAAACCAAUACCACCAUCACCUACAACAUUACAUACAUACAUAUAUACAUAUUUAUUAGCAAUAUGUGUACGGCCUUCGAUCUGUCAUUUAUACAUACAAAAUGUAUUGCUUAUUUACCUAAACUUAAACUUAACUUUAAAUUUUCAAUUACUACGCAUACUACGUUUACUUGACUUACCAUAAUUGUACUUGUAUUUGACGUGUAACAUAUAACAUUUCUGGUUUUUCUUCUUUUCUCUCCUCUCACAUACUUUUCCAUACCCGACUUUUGCUAUCGACGGCUUUACCGUUUACCGUUACUUUCUGACGUUACCUACCUUUAAUUUAUUGUGUACCGUUAAAAUGUUUUUGUUUCCACCCGAUUGUAACUGUAUUUUAUGUUUUGUGGUUGUGUUUGUAUUGGAAACUGUAUUAUUGCUGCCAAUGAAUUACACAUUUAAUGAAUUAUAAUUAAAAAUCAAUUAAUUCGUGACAUUAUCAUGUGUAAUGCAAAACCAACAAAUGUGAAAACAAAAAAAACAUAUUGUACUAAUAUACAUAAUUGUUGAUUUAAACAAAUAAAAUAUAACACAUUUACUUGGUAUAGAACACUGAAGAGUUUAAAGCGGGUCAUGCUGGGUUAUCAAUGAGUCGAAGAGUUCUUUACGAUUUUUUAGUGUAAAUUAUUUUAAUUUUUAAAUUUUAAAAAAGUUAUUACUGUUUUUUUUUCAUUUUAUAU